AUACUUCGAAUGAAUCGAAUAGUAUAUUUAAAAAAUUUAUUAGGAUGUUUCAAAGAGAAAAAAAUGGUAGUUCCUUAUUUCAAAGUUUUAACAGCGGUUAUAGUAAGGAAGUUACUUAUACAAAAAACCAAAUUUUUACAAGUAAAAUUCAUCGUUUGGAAAAUUUAUCUGAACAAAUAGAAGAUAAAAAUGUGUUAGAAGUUAACGAUUUUAUUAAUGGUUCAGGUAGUAAAAGUCAUUCAUCAAUAACAAGCAUUAGGAAUAGCGUUAGUGACAAGUUUAAAGAUAUUCAAAGUAAUUCUAAAGGAAAAGCUAAACAGCAGAAUAAUGAUAAUGAUGUAUAA